AUGCUUAGCCGAUCCUUCUUUUACUUUCUCCCUAACCGAUACGUUUACAACAUUACUAAGGCACUAAGAUGUCUGGCGUUGCUACAAGCCGUGAAGGAGAUUGGCAUCCUGGGGCUCCUCUACACAGCCGCUACUCUUUUGGCCCUGUAUGCUGGUUACGAAGCAAUUGGGAUAGCUAAGAUGUACGGAAAGCUCUGGAUUGAGAGGUAA